GUCAUGGAUCUGCUUCCAGCUCAGGAAGCUGCUAAAAUCUACCACACCAACUAUGUGAGGAACUCGAGGGCCAUCGGCGUCUUGUGGGCCGUGUUCACCGUGUGCUUCGUCAUCAUCACCGUGCAGGUCUUCAUCCAGCCCUUCUGGAUCGGGGACAGCGUCAACACGCCACAGGCCGGCUACUUCGGCCUCUUCCACUACUGCAUCGGGAACGCGCUGACCUCGGAGCUGGUCUGUAAGGGCAGCGUGCUGGACUUCGACUCCAUCCCGUCUCCGGCCUUCAGGACCGCCAUGUUCUUCGUGGGGAGCUCCAUGCUGCUGAUCGUGGGCACCAUGGUCUGUUUCAGCCUGUUUUUCUUCUGCAACGCUGGAAACGUCUACAAGAUCUGUGCGUGGAUGCAGCUGGCAGCAGGUGUGUUGAUGGUGAUGGGGUGCUUGAUCUACCCGGAUGGGUGGGACUCCGACGAGGUGAAGAGGAUGUGCGGGCAGAAGACGGACAAGUACAGUCUGGGGAACUGCACCGUGCGCUGGGCCUACAUCCUGGCCAUCAUCAGCAUUCUGGACGCCGCCCUGCUGGCGCUGCUGUCCUUCACCCUCGGCAACCGGCAGGACAAACUGCUGCCAGACGACUUUGAGGUGGAGGGGGCAGGUGAGGCGGGGGUGGGGGUCACGUGA